AUGUGGAGAGUAGGAUUGUCAAGAAAAGGCAAACGUUUUGUGUUCUACGUAAAUGAAAUCAUUCCAUGUGUAUAUGCCCUUUUGCCAAAUAAAACGCGUGCCACUUGUGCCAAAAUGUUGCUCAAAUUGAAGAACGUGCAACCGGGACUGACUUCGAGCAAGCCGCCAUGCAGGCAGAUAAAAAUGUUGUCGUCUCUGGAAUUUGUUGAGCCUGAUAAUGUGGUCCAAGCGUAUGAAGAAUUGACCAGAAAAAACCAAUUUCGUGGUAAAUCCAUGAAAAUUGCAAACUAUUUUGAAGAGAUACUUACAUUAGGAAAGAACAGCGACGUGGCCGAUGUUGCCGAUUGUUGUAUGGAAUGUUCAUCAGCGGAUUUUAUACGGUACUUAACUUACCAUUAUAGGUUGGCAGCAAGCCUUCCAGUAGACCCGUCCAUCUACCGUUUCAUAGAUUUUCUCAAAAAGCAACAGGCUGCUCAAAAUUAUGAUGCUGUUCAACUUCUCAUGAGUAAUCCCGGCAAUUCAAGAAACAAGGCCAUUUCACAGCAAAUAAAAACAAUAGUUCAAACUUUAAAUGGAAACGUUACUGACCGAUAUUGA